AUGUUAUCCCGGGACAAAGCGACUCCGCGCCGGCCUCCGCGGCCGCUGCUGUGGUGGUGCGUCGGUUUGGGCUGCCUGCUGCUCCGGUGCGGAGCGGAAAGCGACCGCAGCAGCAGCAGCAGCAGCAGCAGCAGCCCGUGGUACCAGGACCUCUGCAGUUAUAAAUGGGAGGCUGUAGACCAGGACAGCAAAAUGAAAUACACCAUGAAGCUCUGCGAGUCUUCACCAGCCACCAGCUGUGGGUCUAAUGUUGCGGUGUGCGCUCAGAGCCUCAGCGGCGGAGACGGGCGGUCAGUCGGUGAGCUGUCUCCGCAGAGCCUCUCCGGCACCGUGCUCAACUACAACGCCACACAGAUAUGCCCCGAGGGCAACAACCCCGUUCAGACCAGCAUCAGCUUCCAGUGCGGGAAAACUAUGGGAACGCCGGAGUUUGUGGCUCAGUCUCAGUGCGUGCAUUACUUCGAGUGGAAGACCUACGCAGCCUGCAAGAAGAACAAAUUCAAACCACACAAAGAGGUGCCCUGCUUCGUGUUUGACUCUGACGGCAAGAAGCACGACUUGAACCCUCUGAUCAAAGUGAGCGAUGGGUAUCUGGUGGACGACGGUGACGACAGCCUGGACUUUUACAUCAACAUCUGCCGAAGCCUCAACUUUAAAUCGUGUCCAGAGGACUCUGCAGCCUGCCUCAUCACCAAACAGGGCACCUUCAGCAUGGGCGCUCCUACCCGGCCGCUGGAGGCAGUGUCCAGUGACAGUUUGAGUUUGCUGUAUGAAUUAAGCGCUGACUCGACACCUCCAGAGAGAUGCGGAGAACACCGGCCGGCCGUCAACAUCACUUUCAUCUGUCCGUCCAGCAGGCAUUCAGGCAGCAUCCCUAAGAUGGUAGCGGAGUCAAACUGUCGGUACGAGGUGGAGUGGGUGACUGAAUACGCCUGCCACAGAGACUACCUGGAGAGUCACACCUGCAAGCUGACCAGCGAACAGCACGACAUCUCCAUCGACCUCACACCGCUCACUCUGAGCUCUACAGAUCCUCCCUACUUUUUCCAGCCUCCGUCCGGUGACGACCCAGAGAGCUACAUGUAUUACCUGAACGUGUGCGGAAAGAUCCCCACCGCGGAAUGUGGCAACGACACUUUCAUCUCGUCCUGCCAGGUCAAGAAGUCCGGAAGCGCGAAAAAAGUGGCCGGAAGAUUUCACAACCAGACUUUAAGGUAUUCAGAUGGAGACCUCAGUCUGAUCUAUCCUGACGGAGAUAAAUGCUCCUCCGGCUUCCAGAGGAUGACCAUCAUCAACUUCCAGUGCAACAAGACGGCGUCCAACAAAGGCCGAGGGACUCCAGUUUUUGCCGGCGAGGCUGAUUGCACGUAUUACUUCAACUGGGAGACGGCGUUCGCGUGUGUCAAGGAGAAGGAGGAUCUGCUGUGUCGGGUCAGCGACGGCGCCAAGCACUUCGACCUCUCACGCCUCUCCAAGUAUCCCGAGUCGAAUGACAGCGAGAACUGGGAGGCGGUGGACGGUCGAGCAACUAAAUCGGACAUGCGCUACUACCUGAACGUCUGCCACAAGGUGCUGAAGAGAGGAGGAGCCGCCAACUGCCCAGAGGACGCUUCCUUCUGCGCUGUGGAUAAGAAUAAUAUGACCGUCAGCCUGGGCAGCUUCCUCUCUCCUCCCCAGCUGACUAAACAAGGGGACGACAUUCGGCUGAUGUAUACCGAUGGGGAGACUUGUGGACACGGGAAGACGAGGACCCAAACCAUACUGACCCUUAAAUGCAAACCGGGACAUCUUGAGAGCCCUCCCAUGCUUCGCAGCGUUUCCUUUGAUAAAUGCGUUUAUGAGCUGGAGUGGUACACCGCCGCUGCCUGCGUCCUGUCAAAGACACAAGGAGACGACUGCAAGGUGGAGGACCCCCAGGCUGGUUUCUCCUUCGACCUGUCGCCUCUCACCAAAUCUAACGGCAGCUUCUACAAUGUGACCAGCGGCGGCUACAACUACUACAUCAACGUCUGCGGCCCGGUCAACGCUCCCCCGUGUCCAGGGACGGCCGGAGCGUGCCAAGUGAAACACAGCUCUUGGAGUCUCGGGCAUGCGAGCUCCCAUCUGUCCUACUACGACGGCCUGAUCCAGCUGACCUACAGCAACGGCUCCCAGUACAACGACGCAAAGCACACCCUCAGAUCCACCCUCAUCUCCUUCCUCUGCGACCCAGAGGCUGGACCAGGAAGCCCAGAAUUUCAAGUGGAAGAUAACUACACGUAUAACUUCCGCUGGUACACGUCCUACGCCUGUCCCCAAAGGCCUUAUGAGUGUCUGGUGACGGAUCCCAACACUCUUGAACAAUAUGACCUCUCCAGCUUGUCGCGGUCCACCUCAGCUAAAAACUGGCCGGUGAUGGAUUUGACCGACAGCUUGAACCGGAAGAAGUACUACAUCAACAUUUGUCGGCCCCUGGUCCCCGUGCCAGGAUGUGACCGCGAUGCAUCGGUCUGCCAGAUGACGUACAUAACCCAGCAGGGCUCUCCAAAGGAGGUGGUGUCCGUCAGUAACAUGGGGAAGUCCAAGAGAGGUCCGACCAUUGAGGGACGGGACCGGCUGCUGCUGGAGUUCACAGACGGUUCUGUCUGCAUGUCGGACGGCCAGAAACUCUCCUACACCACCAUCAUCCACCUGGUCUGCUCCAGAGGCUCCACUGCCACCGGGCCCCAGUUCGAACUGUACCAGAACUGCACCGCCAUCUUUAAGUGGGAGACUAAAGCCGCCUGCGCCAUCCAGACCGUGGAGAGCGACACUUGUGCGAUCGUGGAUCCCGUCUCUGGUUUCAAGUACAACCUUCAGCAUUUGGCCUCCAAGGAAGGAUACAAGACGUCUGGCAACGGCAAAAACUUCACGCUGAACAUCUGUGAUGACGCGCCAGGAUGCGGGAAGGGGAUGGGCGGCUGCGAGCUGGAGAACGGGCGACCGACCAGCGCCGUGGGGGUGAAGAAGACGCUGACGUACUCCGACGGUCUGCUACAGCUGACAUAUAAGGGACAGCUGGAUGGGCCAACAGCAACCAGAGACACCUUCACCAUUAAUUUUGUGUGCGACCCAAACUCCCACCCGGGCUCUUUAAAGCUGCUGCGAGAAGACCUGAGUACUCUGUCCAGCCACGUGGCGCACGACGUCCUGUUUGAGUUCUCCACCGCCCUGGCCUGCGUCCCCGCUCCGGUCGACUGCACGAUCGCUGAUUCUCGGGGAAAUGAGUAUGAUCUGACGCACCUGACCCGGGAUGAAGACGACAGUCCUUGGAUCCCCAUAGACACAGAUGCUGCGACGUCACGCAAAUUCUACAUAAACGUCUGCAAGCCGCUCCCAAGUCAGGACGAUUGUCCAGUGGGUCCUCUCGGAGCGUGCGCUGUGAUUGGUGGGAAAGGCGUCAACCUGGGAUACAUGCAGUCCAGCCCGCAGGUGGCGGAGGACGGCUCCAUCAGCGUCGUGUACCAGAACGGAGACAAGUGCGGCGAAUCGUCCGCGUACUCGACGCGCAUCGUGCUGGAGUGUGACGACAGCCCGGGCUCCCCCGUGUUUGACCGCCAAGAUGGCUGUGAAUACGUCUUCGUCUGGAGGACCUCAGAGGCCUGUCCUGUCAGGAAGGUUAUAGGCAACGACUGCCGAGUUCGUGACCCCAAGACUGGCUAUGAGUUCGACUUCAGCUCUCUGAAGGACAGAGAUUUUGCCAUCCGUAGCGACAAGUACACCUACCACCUGUCGGUGUGCAGCGCGCUGCAGAAAGACGUCUGCAGCCACGGAGAGGCCGGGUCCGUGUCGUCCUGCCAGGUGGCUGGAAACACUCACAAGAUCGCCGGACUGUCCAACCAGAAUCUGAGUUUCGUCGGGGAUCAGAUACAACUCAACUACACCCAGGGAGAGACCUGCCAUAAGGUCUACCAAAGAUCCACACUCAUCAGCUUCUCCUGCCGCCCUGACAAACAUCCGGGAGUUCCAGAGUUCGUUAAUGAGAGUCCAGAAUGCACCUACCUGUUCAACUGGCCCACUGCGCUGGCCUGCAUCCCAGUCAAAACCACCAGCUGCUCCUACAACGACGGUCAGGGCCACUCCUACGAUCUCUCCCCUCUGGCGUUGGUCUCCCAGAACUGGGAGGUGGAGUCCCCGACUCAAAGCGUGCGGAAAAGGUUUUACAUAAACGUCUGCAGGUCAUUGGUGCAGCAGGGAGGCUCCUGGAAAUGUCCGUCCAGCGCAGCGUCCUGCCUGAAGGACGGGGAGGAAUACGUGAGUCUGGGGCAGCUGACGUCCGGCCCUAAGAUGGAAGGAGGCGUCCUGAAGCUGGAGUACACCAGCGGCCAUCCCUGCCCACACGGGAGGCUCAACCGCAGCAGCAUCAUCCGCCUCAUGUGUGACAAAGAUAAAGUGGACUCCAGGCCCACUCUGAUCUCUGAGAUAGAGGACUGCGUCUACACCUUCCUGUGGUUAACAGCUGCCGCCUGCCCUCUGAACACCAGCCAGCACGACGGCUGCACAGUCACCAACCCCGCUACAGGCCACUUGUUUGACCUGAACCCUUUGAGAAAAGCUGAAGAUUACGUCAGCUACGACCACAACAACCGGCAGAAGAUGUUUCGCUUGAACAUCUGUGGAGAAGUGACGAACUCUGGCUGCAGUCCGGGAACCGCUGUAUGUAUUAAGGACAGAAAUACCGCCAUCAGCGGCGGGCAAGUGAGCAAGAAGCUGUCGUACAGGGAUGGCGUGUUGGAGCUAACCUACGAAGGGGGAAGUCCCUGCUCCGCAAACCCCAGCCUCAAACACAAGACCAUCAUCAACUUUAUCUGCAGGCCUUCUCACAUGAGCUCCGCCCCUGAGGAGCCGGUCCUCAUCGAGUCAAACGCUGAAACGUGCACGCACCGCUUCUCCGUGCACACGCCGCUGGUCUGCGAACAAGCCGUAACCUGUUCUGUCCAGAAUGGCUCGGCUCUAAUAGACCUCACUCCUCUCAUUCAUGGCACCGGGUACUACAGAGCAACAGACACUGCCGUGGGUCAAGCCAAUGAAUCUCCAGACUUUUACAUCAACGUCUGUGAGCCUUUGAACCCCAUCCCUAAUGUCACCUGUCCUCCUGGAGCGGCCGUCUGUAUGAACCCUAAUAAAGGAGCGCCUGUGGAUAUUGGCCGGACCACCACUGGCCCCAAGAUCAACAAAUUUACAGGUGAAGUGUCCAUCACCUACCAAAGCUCCACCCCAUGUGCAUUCGACCGUCAGCAGACGUACAGCUCAACCAUCAUCUUCACCUGCAAGAAAGGCCUGGGGCUGGGUUCUCCUGAGAUGGUGAGGCAGCAGGAUUGUCUCUACAUCUUUGAGUGGGAGACUCCCAUCGUCUGCCCAGAUUCAACUCAAACCAGCGGCUGCCAGCUCAAAGACUCACAGCUGGAUUUCACGUUUGACCUGAAGCCGCUCUCUGGUGAAGUCCAGGUGAAGAACAGCUCGGGAACGUAUCACAUCAACGUGUGCGGCGCAGUGGCCGAGAAGGACUGUAAGCAGAGCGCCGUUUGCCUGAUGCGGGAUUCUGGUUCUGCGUCGUCGUACGGCAUCAGCAAAGCCAUGACGAUGGACUUCAAACAUGACGAGCAGGCGGUGCUGAUGCAGUACGGAGGAGGAGACCCAUGCCCACUGACCGUCACGAACGAGACGUGUGUGUUCCCCUUCACCUUUAUGGGCAAGCAGUACAACGAAUGCACCAAAGACGGCAGGACGGAGGGGAGGAAGUGGUGCGCCACAACCUCCAACUACGACAAGGACCAGAAGUGGGGAUUCUGCAACGAAGUUCCAGCUUCUGCGAAGCGACAGUCCUCCAUCCUCUUCAGGUGCGACCACGGCGCCGGCCACGGCACGCCGGAGCUGCUGUCUGAGACGGCGGGCUGUUCGGCCAUGUUCCAGUGGCGCACCAGCGUCGCUUGUCCUCCGCAGAAGAUGGAGUGCAAACUGGUGUGGCAGCAUAACACCUUCGAUCUCCGAUCCCUUUCAUCGCUCACUGAACCGUGGAAGUUCAGCAGCCACGGAUAUUCGUACUUCAUCAACCUGUGUCAGGGCAUCCACGGCGGGCUCCUCAGCUGCCCACAGGGGGCAGCGGUGUGCCGACGCUCCGCAGACGGAGAGACUCGGACCCUGGGCUGGGUUUACACGCAGAAAAUGAGCCACGCCGAUGGGAAGAUCGUUGUCAGCUAUUCAGAGGGAGACGCCGUCUGUGGAAACGGCUUGAAGGCCAGAACGGUGAUCCAGCUGAGCUGCGGCUCCACUGUGGGUCACCCUUCACUCCUCAGGGUCGACACGGCGUCCUGUGAGUUCCUCGUUGCCUGGGAGACUCGCUCCGCUUGUGCCGCCAAGCCGCAGGAGUUGCAGAUGGUGAACGGGACGGUGAAGGUCCCAGACACCGGAGCCAGCCUCAACCUGGGAGAGCUCUAUUCCAGCCCACACGAGGCAUACGGUGACAUCCGGGACAACGGCGACCGUUACAUCUACCACAUCCAGCUGUCCGGCAUCACCAACGCCUCUCUGCCAAACUGCCUUGGUGCGAACAUCUGCCAGGUGAAGGUGAACGCGACCUACAGACGGAAGAUUGGCUCCCCUGACAAAGCCAAGUACUACAUUACAGGAGGAAACCUGGAGGUGAUGGUUCCCUCGGAGUCGGAGUGCGGCCGCCAGAGGCCCAAAAACGUCUAUUCCACCAUCAUGUUCCACUGCAGCCCCUCCGCAGGCGUCGGCAUCCCCGAGUUCAUGAUGGAGACGGACGGAUGCCAGUACCUGUUUGUGUGGCACAGCCAAGCCGUGUGCGGCCUGACAGCCGUCGACCGGCAGGCGACGGACGGCGACCAGCCAGCUUUGUCCCGCCGGGACCAGGCGGGGGGAAUAAUUCUGGUCCUCCUGUUGCUGGUUCUGCUCGUCUGUCUGCUGGGAUUCAUCCUGCACAAAAGAGAGCGCCGGGAGCUGGUGAUGCAGAAGGUGGCCGGCUGCUGCAAGAGAGGAAACCAAGUCUCCUAUAAAUAUUCAAAGGUCAAGACGGACGAAGGCGGCGAGGAGGAGAUGGAGUGGCUGAUGGAGGAGCUGGAAGCCCCGCUGUCCUCCUCCUCCUCCUCCUCCUCCUCCCACCGCGGCGGCAGGUCUAACCACAGCAACGGCCACAUCAGGACCAAGCCGGUGAACACGGAGGGCCUGCGCUCCUUCUCUCUGGACGAGCAGGACGACGACAGCGAGGACGAGGUGCUGAGCGUCCCGGGGGUCCGGGUGCUCAAACCGUCGGGGGUGUCCAGGAAGCAACGCGGCGCCUUCCUGCAGGAGGAGAGCGACGAAGACCUGGUGGGCCUGUUGGAUGAGUGUGAGAGGGCGAGGAAGAGCAGCAGACCCCGGCCGUCAGCGAGCAACCCCAGCAGGAGCAGCCGGAAACGGGACGACGAGGACGACAGCGACGAAGACCUCCUCAGGGUGUGACGUCCUUCGUCCCUCCACCCUGCUGAACUCUUCUCUCAGUGAAUGUCUCCAAGACGGCAGCGACAAAACCAACAGAUUUCUCUUUUUCAGGGGGGGGGUGGGGGGGUUAUUUUUGUCGUGCUGCGCCUUUUCCUCGGCCCAUUCGGACUCAGGCUGCUGACAAUGAUUUUAAUUUAUUGAAGGGUUUGUUAUUUAAACCGUAUCCUGUUUUCUCAGAUUGUCUCUAAUCGUUCCAACCAUGAAUGCACACGAUCCUCCGUCAGAAAAUCAAAACACAACUGUUAAUCCUCUCCUUUCUCCCCCCCCCUUCCCCCUCCAGUUAUAAAUGAAGGCGUGCCAUUGCUUUUGCACUUUGAUUGAAUCGGUGCAACAUAGCCGGCUGCAGGAAUGUCUGCCGUUCCUUUUGGGAACGUCGUUGGGAAUCUGGUGAACUGUGAAGCUGAGGAGCAUUUAGGCGUCGGCAGUAAUUAAGGGAACGAAGACACUGUUUACAGCUGCAGUUAGAGCAGCUUUUUCUUUUUCCUUUCUCUUUAAAAAAGAAAGUUUGAUGCCUUCCUGUGAAUCUUGUCCAGCUGCAGAUUUUUGUUUUUCUAUAUGAAUGAUCAUGUUAACGAAAUGGGAUUUUUUUUUUUCUUCUUGUUUCUCGUUCUCUUUGGUGUAUCGCGCAAAUGUUUGUUUUAUGAUUAUUUAAGUGAUUUCCUGUAGCCUCUGUGUGUUUUAAAUAGAAAUGGCCUUAACUGGGAAUAGAUGGUCGACUGAAGGGAACCUGGAGAUUGGGAGCCAUAUUUCUGCAGCCACUUAUGUUUUUUCCUGCUCUUGUAUAUUAUAGAGUCAGCUUUGGUUUGCAGGCCUUAACUACUGAUUUUUAUUUUUUUAUUUAGUUCACCCUUGGCCAAAAAUUAUACGAUUUAAACUUGCAUCAGUAUUUGUAUAGUUUAUGCCACAAAUAACAGCGAUUAAAAACAAUCUACAGUGUUCUUUACACCGUGUUUAGGCUACAUCACAGAAACUCACAUGUUAGUAGCACCAGGAUUUAAAAUGGCUUAAAAGUGCCUGAGAUAUUUCCUUAAAUGUCCUCGGCUUUUGUCAAAAUACAGAUUUGAGAAAAGUGCCGAGCCCCACGCAGCGAAGAAAUUUAAAUUAACGUGACUAGAAAGAAGGGAAAACUGCAAUUCAACCAUGAUUUGUCGUUAUUUUACAAAUCUAGCUUAAUUUCUUUAAAAAGUCGAAGAUGAAAUAUAAACAGCAAUUCAGCAGAUCUUAUAUUAUUGCUCAUAAACGCUAAAAAAUUAUGAGACAAGGUCAGUGGGGUGUAGCAGUACGUAUAAAUCAGAGUUUAGAGCGUGUGUGUUAGGCAUUAAAAUAGGGUCCCAGGCACAAAGUCGGAAAAGGAAAACCUUUGUGGAUCUGAAGGUGGGAGGCAGAACCAGCAGUUUAGUCUGAAAAUAACAACAAAAAUAAUUAUUUCCCCUCAACUUCCUUCAGAAUGGGAGGAGAUACAGAACGUUGCUGCUCAUCAAAAGCUCACUGACACCACUGUACAUGAAUUAUAUGACAAUAUGGCCUGCCAUAGCUUACAAACACCUGUUUACCCACUGCUUAGUGAAAACAAGAUCCCGUCCUUGCAUUGCUUUGGUGUGGAGAGCUUUACGUUGUCUUCCAUUUUUUUUAUUUAAUUUAUUCCGGUUCUCUUAAGUUUUACUCUUUCUGAGUGAGUCCAUGUGCUGCUACACCCCCAUGAAGGACCAGCCAUGGAUCUAUUGCCCCUGAAAAAUUAGUCUCCCAGAAACGUUGGUAGAUGCUUCUUAGCCAGAAAGGUAAAUGCCGACGUUCAGAUCUGUCAUUAGCUGCGUUUCUCAGCCUGAAUGCCUCCAAGCUGACUGGAACAAGUUAUGGAAUGUGACAAAAGCAUAUUUUAAGUACAAUUUAUAAGAGAUUUUAUCAGCUUGAGAUGUUUUCAGUGUUUAGAGGAUCCCAGGUCGUCUCUUUCUGCAGGAAACCAUCACCCGCCAGGGGGGGGGGAUUCGUAAAAACACCCCAACAUAUUUUUUUACAGUCUGACAGUAUUUUUAUGGCAUUGUGCUAAAACAAUUAGGUUUAAUAGUAAACAGCGGCCAGAUCUCUUGUCUGCGUCGUUAAGAUCACAAACAUCUGGGAUUAAAGAUUAAAUAUCGUGGCCGUCCUUCAUGUCUUCAGAUUACUUAUCAGAGGUUUGGGAGAUGUGGACUUAUAUCAACGCGGAGUUCUGCCACAGCGACUUCUUUCUAAUGUAGCUUCUGGGUUUUUUAAGGAUGAAAAUCGGUUGUUGAUGAGCUCCAGAGCCCAUCUGAAGGCGCUUUGAGCUGUUCUGGGAACUUUGUGACUGCCUUCUGAGGACGAGGAGACGAGGAGACGUGUCCGUCUCCGUCCGGCUUCCUGUUGCACCAAAGUCCGUCUGGGUCUUCUGCAUGGUACUGUUCUGAGGCGUCUCUGUCCUAAAUGUGUUGCUGAACUCUCUCUUUAUCGUCGGUUUAACUCUAGAGGUAGAAAAAGCUGACUUUGGGGGGGGGGGGCGGAAGAAAUCAGAACGUUUGGUACUGUGGGGGAGUUCGUGUUUGAGUUCUUCUAAAUUAUGUUGUCUGUAUGCGGCUUUUUUCCCAGUUUUCUUAUUUAAAGACAAACUUGAUGUAAAGAUUGAUGCAUUAUUUGAAUAAAUAAGAGAUCUCCACUCUA